AUGAUUAAAACGCCAAGUUCUUCGGAUAACUUUACCAUAAAAGAAUGCGAUAGAAUCUCGGCUGUCCGUGGUUUACUUAAACUAAUGAAAAUCAUGGGCAUGUGGCAAUGGAAGUGGGAAUACGCAAAUGAAAAGGUUUUUCAAUAUUAUCAAAGAUUGCAAUACAUACAAAGAUUCUGUAUACAUAUGCCCAUCACCUUUACAUAUAUUGCACUGAUGUGGCUUGAGGUCUUUCUAUCACCAGAUUUAGAUCAGGCCGGCGAUGUUCUCUACAUGUCAUUUACCGAGGCUGCUUUAGUAGUGAAAAUUCUCAAUAAUUGGCAUUAUUCAAUUAGGGCAAUGAAUUUUAUCAAUGAAUUGGCUUACGGAGAACAUUUUCAACUAAUUAGCCAAGAAGAAGUUGUGCUGUGGCAACGCAAACAGAAAAUGUUUCGUAAUAUAAUAAUAAUGUUUCUAACCUCUAGUGUGUUUACGGUUACGGCUGCCUCAGUUGGGGUGCUGUAUGGAGAUGCCUAUCAGUUGCCAUUUGCUUAUUGGGUUCCCUUUGAAUGGCACACGAAUAAAAGGAAUUAUUGGAUUGCAUAUGUUUAUAAUGUUUUUGGAAUUGGUGUAACUGCGAUAACAAACGUUUGUAUGGAUAUGAUUGGUAGUUAUUUUCUAUUUCAUACAUCUGUUUUAUAUCAAAUAUUGGGUUUACGUUUGUUGCAUCUCAAGGCUGCUGCAGAGAAAGAUGUGGUUAAGGAGUUGAGGAAAAUUUUUAAAUUUCACAAAAAUGUUAAAAGAAUGGCCCGAGAAUGUGAGACAUUGGUAUCAUCAUAUGCUCUGUCACAAAUUGUUUUAAGUGCAUUUAUUUUAUGUUUCUGCGGUUAUCGUAUACAAAAGAUGAACAUUUUGGAAAAUCUUAGCCAAUUCUAUUCGAUGUUACAAUUUUUGCUCGUUAUGAUUUUAGAAAUUUAUUUACCCUGCUACUUUGCCAACGAAAUAACUUGGAAUUCCUCACUAUUGUGUACUCAAAUUUACAGUUCGGAAUGGUUAAAGUUUUCCAUACCCACUCGUAAACUUAUUUAUUUAUAUAUGGAAUUUGUGAAACACCCGGAAAAAAUAAAAGCUGGUAAUUACUUUGAUGUUGGUCUACCAAUAUUUACCAAGGUGAUGAAUAACGCUUAUUCGUUUUUUGCUCUCAUAAUGAAUGUGGAAAAAUAAAAAAAAUUAAAAUUAACAUUUAUGGAAUUUAUUUUUGAACUUGAAAAAUUAUAAAAUUCAUGAUAAGUUUC